CGACUUGCCCCCUGCAGUCCUGACCUGCUCAGAGCGACUUGCCCCUCAAUCCUGACCCGCUCACAGCGUCUUGCCUCCCAUCCCUCUUACACAGGUCACCCCUUGCUCAGAAAUGGUCCCAAUUAUCCAUGAACCGGAAAUCCUGUCCCCUGUGCCAGCUCCUUAACCAUGCAUUCAUCUCACCUAUCUUUCUACGAAUUAACUCGAUAAAAUGUGGCACUCGUGGCAACCCAUAAAUUAUUACCCUCGAGGUCCUGCCUUUCAGCCUCUUUGCUAACUCCUUGUACACAGUCCACAGAAUGUCAUCCCUCUUUGUGCCUCUGUCAUUGGUACCAACGUGCACAGUGGCCUCUGGCUGCUCACCCUCCCCCUUAAGAAUUUCUGGCAACAAAUCAGAGAUGUCCUUGACCUUGGCAGCAGGGAAGCAACACGCAGCCCUGGUGUCUCAAAUGUGGCUCCAGAAUCUAUGCCCCCAACGAAUGAGUCUCCAACCACGUUCGCCCACUUGGAUUUGCCUGACCCUGUCCCACAGCAGGGUGGUUUGUACCAUGGACCUGGCUACUGCUGAUUGUAUAACUGACCCAGUUUAGUUUUAGAUCAGUGUUAACCUUGGUUUAGUGGAUAGCCAAGCACCUGAGUCGUCGACAAUACAGGAGAAAUACAUUCUUAAGCUCACGGAUUCUGUGACAGUCAAGGACAAGCACUGAAUUGUUCUAACCUCAUUUCCAACACCUGGCCCAUAGCCUUGCAUGGCUUGGAUAGUACUUGCACGUUUAAAAAAAAAAUAAAUGGAAGGAUGAUGUGAGGGACACAAUCAUCGCCUUGGAAGCUUCAUCACGAUACUACUUUGUACUUCUGAAGAGGGAAGAAGAAAUCAAUAUGCAAAUUCAAUUCCAUGGUUUUGGAAGUCCCAUUGAGAACACGAUUCAUUUGCGCCGGCAUAAUGCUCUGACCGAGAAAGAAUUGAAGGAAAAAAGCAAUGAAAGUGCCGUUAAUUUUUUGCAUGGCGAGCUGCUGCAUACUAACCGGUCUCACACCGUUAACAUCACCUUGCCCUUGUGGAUAUGGAUAAAGUUCUCAAAGCUGACAGAAGAUUGAAACCACUUGGAUUAUGUGACGAUGAACCUGCCCCGGAAGAGAGAGCCCAGAGAAUUGCCAAAGCUGUCCGCAAACAGUCAACAGAAGUGAAGGAAAAUUGGGAGCAAUUGAAAACCCGUGCGAGCAACUGGCAGAAACAGGUGGAAAAGGCGUUGGAGAAACUUCAAGAACUGCAGAAAGCUCUGGAUGAUCUUGAGGCACAUGUGAUAACAGCUGAGGGGGUCCACACUGAUUGGCAACCUGUGGGUGACCUGCUUAUUGACUCAUUGCAGGAUCACAUUGAUAAAACCACAGGUAAGGACUAUCUGCAAAAUCUGAGAUUGGGUUUUGAAAGACAGCAGCCUUUGUUUUGGAGAGAUAAUGGGAACUGCAGAUGCUGGAGAAUGCGAGAUAACACCGUGUGGAACUGGAUGAAGACAGCAGGCCAAGCAGCAUCUUAGGAGCACAAAAGCUGAUGUUUCGGUCCGAGAACCUUCUUCAGAAAAUGGGAGGGGGUGCGGGUUCUGGAAUAAAUAGGGAGAGAGGGGGAGGCGGAUGGAAGAUGGAUGGAGGAGAAGAUAGGUGGAGAGGAGAGUAUGGGUAGGGAGGCAGGGAGGGGAUAGGUCAGUCUGGGGAGGCCGGACAGGUCAAGGGAGCGGGAUGAAGGGAAAUAGGGGUGCGGCAUGAGGUGGGAGGGGGGAUGGGUGAGAGGAAGAAUAGGUUAGGGAGGCGGGGACGAGCUGGGCUGGUUUUGGGAUGCAGUGGGAGGACAGGAGAUUUGGAAGCUUGUGAAAUCCACACUGAUAGCAUUGGGCUGCAGGGUUCCCAAGCAGAAUAUGAGUUGCUGUUCCUGCAACCUUGGGGUGGCGUCAUUAUGGCACUGCAGGAGGCCCAGGUUGGACGUGUCCUCUCAGGAAUGGGAGGGGGAGUUGAAAUGGUUGUGACUGGGAGGUGCAGUUGUUUAUUGCAAACUGAGCGUAGGUGUUCUGAAAAGCGGUCCCCAAGCCUCUGCAUCGUUUCCCCAAUGUAGAGGAAGCCACAACGGGGACAGCGGAUGUUUUGGAUAUUUCUUAAGCAUUGAUUUUCAUUCAGAGUUGGUUGGAUUUUGCUGAAGCAAUAGACAUAACUCACGAUGACGUAGACAAUGUCAGAGUUAAUGUUUCGCGUCCUGUGACCCUUCCUCAGAUCUCACUCUUCACUGAUGCUGCCAGACCUGCUGAGGUUUUCCAGCAACUUCUGCUUUUGUUGCUGAUUUACAGUGCCCACAGUUCUUUUGUUUUUUACAACACAGACAAAACUUGAUCUCUGCAGGAAGCAUGAUGCUGCAUUCUCCAACUUCCCUGGCCUUUUGUAAUAUAAUAUUGUCUUUUUAGGACAGAAGUGGCUUUUUUUUGUUUGUUUUAACUUCUGCACAUGCUUUCCAUGCAGGUUAAAAGUCUACACCUUUGCAGUUCACUGCAGUGCUGCAUAAUGAAGACUUGGAACAAUUUUUUUUAUAAAGUAGAAAAUCAGUAUGGUUUGUUUUCCAAAAUGUGAUGUGUAAGUGCAACACUUAACAGUGUGUUCAUCAAACUAUUGUUUCCUUUGAUCUUUGUGUUGCAGAAAUUUCUAGAAUCAUUUCAUAUAUAUUUUUCUUGAUAUAUUUUAGCAGCUUUCCUGGAGCAAGUCUGUUUUCCUUCGGAUGAGACGACUUUCAGACAUACUCCCUUUAUCAUGAGAUAUAAUUGGGGUAAAAUGAGGAGGAUUUUUAUUCACUGAGACACACAUGACUAUAUGUUUAAAGCAUUGGAAAAUACAUUCUGUUAGGACUGUCAUGUUAUCUGGUGUUUGUACCAUGCUUUCCGAUUAAAUGCAAGUGAUUAAGGAUGCUAAUGAUGCCACAUGUUAUUACAAGAGAAAAUGAACAUCCAAGUAAGGAUUUUAUGCCACAUUUAUACAUAGCAUGGACCACGCAGCAUGGAUGCAGUGACCGAGUGAAAUGGGAUGCAGUGACCGAGUGAAGUGGGAUGCAGUGACCGAGUGAAGUGGGAUGCCGUGACCGAGUGAAGUGGGAUGCCGUGACCGAGGGAACUGGGAUGCCGUGACCGAGGGAACUGGGAUACAGUGCCUCAGUGAGAUGCUCACAGCGAAUUGCCCCCUCCAUCCUAACCCUCUCGCAGCGAAUUGUCCCCUCCGUUCUGACCCGCUCGCAGCGACCUGCCCCUGCAGUCCUGACCCGCUCACACUGACUCGCCCCUGCAGUCCUGAACAGCUCACAGCGACUUCUCUCUGCAGUACUGACCCGCUCACAGCGUCUUCUCUCUGCAGUCCUUACCCGCUCACAGCGACUUGCCACCUCAGUCUUGACCCGCUCACAGCGACCUCCCCCCUCUGUUCUGACCCCCUCACAGCGACCUACCCCUCCGUGCUGACCUGCUCACAGUGCGUUGCCCCUGCAGUCCUGACCCCCCUCACUCCUGACCCGCUCUGCAUUGAGGAAACCAAGCGGAGGCUUGGGGACCGCUUUGCAGAACACCUCCGCUCGGUUCGCAACAAACAACUGCACCUCCCAGUCGCGAACCAUUUUAACUUCCCCUCCCAUUCCUUAGACGACAUGUCCAUCAUGGGCCUCCUGCAGUGCCACAAGAAUGCCACCCGAAGGUUGCAAGGACAGCAACUCCUCAUCCGCUUGGGAACCCUGCAACCCAAUGGUAUCAAUGUGGACUUCACAAGCUUCAAAAUCUCCCCCUCCCCAACUGCAUCCCAAAACCAGCCCAGUUCUUCCCCUCCCGCUACUGCAUCACAAAACCAGCCCAGCCUGUCUCCGCCUCCCUAACCUGUUGUUCCUCUCACCCAUCCCUUCCUUCCACCUCAAGCCACACCUCCAUUUCCUACCUACCACCUCAUCCUGCCUCCUUGACUUGUCCGUCUUCCCUGGACUGACCUAUCCCCUCCCUCCCUCCUCACCUGUACUCUCCUCUCUACCUAUCUUGUUUUCUCUCCAUCUUCGGUCCGCAUCCCCCCCUCUCCCUAUUUGUUCCACUUCCCUCUCCCAUCCCCCUCUCUGAUGAAGGGUCUAGGCCUGAAAUGUCAGCUUUUGUGCUCCUGAGAUGCUGCUUGGCCUGCUGUGUUCAUCCAGCUCCACACUUUGUUAUUUUGGAUUCUCCAGCAUCUGCCAUUAUCAGUGGCCUUUCCUCUUUGUCAAAGUUUGUGCAAAAGCAACACGAUAUGGGGCGGCACGGUGGCUCAGUGGUUAGCACUGCAGCUUCACAGCACUGGGGACUCAGGUUCAAUUCCAGCUCAGGCAACUGUUUGUGUGGAAUUUGCACCUUGUCCCUUUGUCCGCGUGGGUUUCCUCCAGGUGCUCCGGUCUCCUCCCAGUCCAAAGAGGUGCACGCUAGGUGGAUUGGCCAUGCUAAAUUGCCCAUAGUGUUCAGGGGCGUGGGUCUGGGUGGGAUGCUCCAAGGUUUGGUGUGCACUUGUUGGGCCAAAGGGCCUGUUUCCACACUGUAGGGAAUCUAAACAAUCCUGUUCCCACAUCUCCAUGUUAUAACCCUGCUGAUCACUGCACACAGAGAUGUUUGAUAACAAAAGGAUAACAAUAAUAUUCAAACCCAGUGCUGGAAAUGUAUUUUAAAUACACUGAGGCCAGUGUCGAUCUCCAAUUCAACUUUUAUUUACAAAUGAACUGUCUUCAACUUUAGCACUGCCUCAUUCAGAGAUGGUUGCCAGGGUGUCAGCAUCUCUGACCCUCACACGACUUAUCUGUCAGCUAGGGCUCCCUGAUUUGGGCUGUGAAUAUGGACCAAUCAGGCAACUCAUAUUCUGUGAGGUUCAACUGGCCGACCUGGUCACAAACCAGUGUGAUGUGUUCAUCGAAAAUCAAACAUGUACUAGAAAGGUACCAUUACAUACCAGUGCAAAGGAAGGCAUGAGGCUAAACUGGGGAGGGAAGGGAACUGCUUGUUGGGGGUGGCCCAGAGAGUGCAAGAAAAUCGAAUGGGAAGAAGACCAUUUGAGACUGAGGGAGAGAGAUGUAAUUGCCUGAAUGAGGCAUUCCAUUUGCGAAAUGGAUUUUUGUGUGUACACCAUGUUCAGUUUCCCCGAUCUUAAUCUGUACUCCUCUUUCAAUCAUUAGUAUCUGAAAUUUCUGUAUCAUUUCCAAAUGCUCUGUCUCUAAUGUUAUGCUGUUGAAAUUGGUUGAACUGCAGAGAUAUCAUUUAUUUGCACAAAUGUGUUCAGUGAAAUGAGUUGCAUGCUAUAUAUGUAUUAUUCUUCCUGAUU